UAUGUGUGUGUGUGUCUGGUGCCAUAAUGCUAUUCAGACUUUGAUCUUAGGGAAGUUGGAGUUAAAGUCAAAGAAUUUCUCAGUUGGUCUCAGUGUUUUGUUGGUAAUUGUCCAGAACUACAGACAGAAGUGUGCCAGAGCCGAGUGGAGAACUGCUACCCUAAAAGGGCUGACAAUAAUGUUAGCAUCCAGCUCAGUGCUUGGUGUGGCACUGUUGCUCCUCCACCUCUGGGGGACACAUUCUUUCCCCACCUCUGCCUGUCCUGUCCCCUGCCUAUGCCAGCACGGUCCUCUCCUGAACUGCUCUUCUUUGGGUCUGACUGAGAUUCCCACACGCAUCCCAGCAACUGCGGUUUCCUUGAACAUAUCCAAUAAUGCCCUGCGUUCUCUGGCUCCUCUCAGCUUUGGUCAUGUACAAUUUAAAGGGCUUCUGCACCUUUGUGUAGGAAGUAAUGCUCUGGAGAGCCUGUCUCUGAUUUUGAAGGACCGGUCAGGCACUAGGACCCUGUCAAGUGGAGAACAGGAAUGCACCUCCUGGGCACCUGACCUUCAGUUGCUGUCUGCUGAAAGAAACCAUCUAAAACAUCUACCAAAGGGGCUAGGCUGUAUGAAGUCUCUGCAGUUUCUUCAGCUGUCUUAUAACCAGAUAUCUAAGAUAGGUCUUACCGACCUGGACAACUGCAUUGAUUUGAAAGAGCUACAUCUCCAGCAUAACAGCAUCAUAAGCAUUCACCCACAUGCUUUUAUAGACCUUAAACAGCUGCAGGUCCUUGAUCUGAGCUAUAACAUGCUGGUCACCAUUCCUGUUCCUGCCUACCAGUCCCUGCGAAAACUCAACACCUUGGUCGAUGUCUCCUUCAACAGAUGGAAGUGUGACUGCAACUUGCAGACCUUGAGAAGAUGGAUUAGUUUUGAUUCUGAAAUGGGUGAUAGUUCCUGGCAAGUGGUAUGUGCCUCUCCACCACAUCAUGGUGGAAAA